AUGAGUGAUUCCGAUGAUGAUAUCCCCCAACUUUCGUCCCACACCUUAGCAGCUCUCCAGGAGUUUUAUGCUGAGCAGAAGCAACAAACUGACCCAGGUGGGGAUGAUAAAUAUAACAUUGGAAUAAUAGAAGAGGAUUGGCAACUGAGCCAGUUUUGGUACAGCCCAGAAACGGCUCUCCGGCUUGCGGAGGAAGCACUUGCAGUCGCUGGAGAAGGUGGCAGGAUAGCAUGUGUGAGCGCCCCCAGUGUUUACCAGAAACUAAGGGAAUUGCAUAGAGAAGACUUGUCUGUGUACCUCUUCGAAUAUGACAAACGAUUUGCCAUCUACGGAGAGGAGUUUGUCUUCUACGAUUAUAAUAACCCCUUGGAUUUACCCCAGAAAAUCAUCGCGCACAGCUUUGACAUUGUAGUAGCGGAUCCUCCAUAUCUUUCUGAGGAAUGUCUUCAAAAAAUGGCGGAAACUGCCCAGUAUCUGUCUCAGGGCAAGAUUCUGCUGUGCACAGGCGCCAUCAUGGAGGAAGCAGCAGCAGGCCUUCUUGGAGUGAAAAUGUGCAAGUUCAUUCCCAAACACACCCGGAACCUGGCAAACGAGUUUCGCUGUUAUGUGAAUUAUGAUUCUGGACUUGACAGUGAGAGCUAG